UCGGCUUUAGCCCUCCGGCCGGGAAACAUGGAUCUGACCUGGCUGCUUUGCGCUCUCCUCCUAAUUGCCUUCUACUGUCGCCCCUCGGCCGGAGUGCCUGGUGAGGAGGAGGUCAUCCCAGAAAUAAUAGAGUUUCAAGUGGGAGACAACGCCCAUCUUAGCUGUGACAGCUCCCUGCCCAUUGACAACCACAGCCAUGUGGACUGGUUCUUUAAACACAAGGAUCAACUCAUUCCCAUCUUCCGGGUGCGCCAGGGUCAGGGCCAGCCUGAUCCAGGUGACUACCAACACCGACUGACCCUUUUGGGGGGAGCCAAUCUGUCUCUGGCACACGUUACCCCCAGAGAUGAGCGUACCUUCGUCUGCCAGGUCAAAGCCCUUGGUUCUCGCACCCAGGAAAAACACAUCCAGCUCCGCAUUUACAAAGCCCCCAAGGAGCCCACAAUCCAGGCCAGCACUUCUGGCAUCUCUGUAGUCAGCAAGGUCCUUCAGGAGGUUGCCACCUGCAAUGGGGAAGAUGGAUACCCACUCCCUCACAUCACCUGGUAUAAAAACCGGACACCUCUGAAAGAAGAGAAGAAUCGGAUCAGAUUUACAGAAUCACGAACCAAAGAGUCUAGUGGACUCUAUACAGUGCGAAGCACUCUGUGGGCACAGCUGGAUAAAGAGGAUAAGGAGGCCCUCUUUUACUGUGAACUCGGCUACCGGCUUCCCGGGGGCGACCACAUGAAGGAAUCCAAGGAAAUCAAUGUCACCGUCUACUACCCAAUGGAGAAGGUGUGGCUAGAGGUGAUGCCAAAUAGGCUGCUGAAGGAAGGAGACAAGGUGGAGCUCAAGUGCUUGUCAGAUGGCAACCCUUCACCCCACUUCACAAUCCGAAAGCAGGACCCUUCCAGUCAUCACUGGCUUGAGGUAGAAAACAUAACCGAUGGGGUCCUGGUCCUGGAACAAGCAAAUAGGCAUCACAGCGGACUGUAUGAGUGCUUUGGUCUGGACCUUGAAACUGGAGGGGAGGCGAUGGACCAACAGCAGCUCUUGGUGAACUAUGUGUCCAACGUCCAGGUGCAACCCAGGGCCCCGGUGGCUUUUGAGGGCAACAGCCUGAAACUCAACUGUUCUGCAGAGAGCUCCCAGCCUGUGGUAUUCCAAUGGAAACGAGAAAAGACCGAAGAGGUAUUGAAGAAUGGAUCUGUCUUGCAUUUGACCAACUUGACUAGGGAGGCAGGAGGAGGCUACCUCUGUGUGGCAUCUGUGCCCAAAGUGCCCGGCCUGAAACAUACACAGCUGGUCAAUGUUACCAUUAAGGGAUCCCCAUGGGUGAUGGCAAAGGAAAGGCACAUGUGGGUAAAAGAGAAUGAAGUGGUAAACCUGACAUGUGAGGUCUCAGGGAAACCCAGGCCCACCAUCUCCUGGAGUGUCAAUGGAACGGUCUAUGAACAUGACAAAGAUCUUCAGAGUGUCCUGAGUACUCUGAAAGUCCAAGUGAUUCCAGAACUGCUAGAGAAGGGUGUUGUGUGCCAGGCAUCUAAUUCCCUGGGAAGCAACAAAACUACCAUCCUUCUGGAGCUGGUCAACUUAACCACCCCCACUGUUGCUACCACUGGGAACACUACCAGCAGCCAUGGCACCACCACCAAUAGUCCUUCUGCCAAAAUUAACAGCACCUCCACAGGAGACCCAGUCAAGAAAGCAGGAACAAGGCAGGAGAGCAAGGGAGUGGUCAUCGUGGCAGUCAUCGUCUGUAUUCUGCUGCUGGCUGUGUUGGGUGCUGUUCUUUAUUUCCUCUACAAGAAAGGCAAGAUGCCUUGUGGGCGAUCAGGCAAACAGGAAAUCACACUGCCCCUGGCUCGUAAGAACGAAAUUGUAGUUGAAGUUAAGUCAGAUAAGCUCCCAGAAGAGAUGGGCCUCCUGCAGGGAAGCAACGGUGACAAGAGAGCGCCAAGAGACCAGGGAGAGAAGUACAUCGACCUGAGGCACUAGCCCAAAGAAAAUCCUGCCAUGCUUCCCCUCCCCCGUGUGGGACAGCUUCUGCUCUUUUCUCCCCCGUCUGCCCUCAGCACCUGGGAUGACCUUGAAUAGACUUGAGAUGGCCUCGCCUAUAUCCUGGCUCACCUACAGAGCCCCUUGUGGAAACCAGUGGAAUGGGAAGAAGCCAAAAGGCAUCAUCUUGUCAAAGUUUACCUAGCCUUAGGGAUGGGGACAUCAUCUCCUCCCUCUCUAAGGUGCCUGAGUGGAGUUCAUACCCCAAGCAGAGGCCUUAGGAUCCCAGGAGAGCACAUCCAUCCCCGUUUGAUGCAGGGCUGCUGUAGCUCCCCAGCUCUCACAAUAUUUGUGGAGAUCUUAUACAACUGAAAUGAGCAGUCCCAUUUUUGCUAGCUUCUUGACUAGCUGGUAGGCCUUUCAGAUAGCCUUAAAACCUAACACAGUGUUGUGAAUUUGUGGGAGUUGAUGUGCCCCCAAAACAAAAUCCCAGUCACACUAGGUUGCUCAUACCAGCCCUGGAGGGUGGCAGUCUCUGAAAGCCACUGACUGCAGUGCUGUUGCUGAAACUGUUUGCUCCCCACUCCAGGGUUUUUCAUGGCCUCCUACUGAAAGCUAGAUAGGGAUGGGUGUCCCUUAUUGUCCCCUCAGAAACAUGAAAAGGAAACUCGAUUCACCAUCAGUAGGCUGUGUUUUCAGGUUUCCUGUGACAGUGACUAAUUUUGGUAGGAGGCUGAGUAACAGUUUCUCUAUUAGUAACGCUAACUGGCCCUUACAGUCAGGGAUUUAAGCUAUGGGCCCAUUAGCACCAUACUGUCACAUGAACAGCCCACAUUCUAGAAGGACCCAAUAAAGGUGAAUAGUACUUGGAAGUUAGAAAUGGGAUCUGGCCAAAGCUUUGGUAUAUAUAUAUAUAUGUAUAUAUAUAUAGUUCUGUUAGGAUGUGUAUAAAUUUACAAGUUGGUUGCAGGAUUUAUAUAUAUAUAUAUAUGAAAAAUAAAGUUGAACUAUCUC